CAUGGAUGACAGAGUUUUAAGUUUAAACAAAGAUUUAUAUAUAGAUUUGCAAACAUAGUUUCAAUGUUUCAUUUUAUGAAAUUGCAGCAAAAUGCACAGUCUUAUCUUCUUGAAUAACUGCAGAUUCUGACAAAUUUCUACAUGGAAACAGUGUUAUGCAUUCAGGUCAAUUUUUUUGGCAAUUGUUCAUGUUGUUUUUGGUAUACAAAGUAUGCUGCACUCUAGAGAAGGUACACUAUAAUUUCGUGUAAUUUUCUACGUGCAUCUUUAUAGUUAGUGCAAAGAGUGCAUGUGAAUUAUCAUGUGAUUGUGCUAUGAAGACACUUAAAGCAAGUGGUUGCUCCACAGAUUAUAAUUCUAUGGGAAGGCAUUCAGUGAUGUGAGGACUUCAAUUUCUGUGCUUCAAUAAAAAUAUAAUGAUAGAAAUAAAUACGUAGGAUUAAAGGGCUGUGAGACUUUACUGGUUUCAAAGUUAAUAAUUGUUAAGCGAAAACUUUUUUGAUAAAUGUAAUGAUUAAACACAAUUUUGUGGUAAAAGUGUUGGGCUUGAAUGACUUCAAUAGUUUACCAGUUUGUACUUUGUGAAUUUAUAAACCGUGACGCAGAUUAUCUUUUAUUUAACCUUGAAGGAGGCAAAUAUAAUGUGUGGUAAAUGUUAAUAUUUAGUUUGUAUUAUUUGAGCACAUUGGAGAAAUUGUCUCAUUUUGUGAUAUGAAAAUCCAUUCCAAGACAUAACUUUUUGUAAACCGUUAUCUUUUGCUGUGCAUAUUACAUCACUGGCAUGUAUUAUUAACUAGUGUUAAUACUAAAAGUGGAAAGUUUGAAAUAUUUAAAGUUUCUUGACGUUCAGGAAUAACCUGGAUUUGUUUGAGGCAAAUUAUCUUUCCAUUAAGUCUGCUUUUGAACAAUGGCAUGUUUAGGGCGGAGGAAUUCGAACUUAAAACAACGAAACAAGUCAAAAGUGUCAUCCAAACAGGAAGGUUACACAUCACCAUGGGCCACAGGAGGGCAAAAUGCUGCCAAAGGAAAUGAGUGUCCCAAACACAGCCUUGUUCUGACUCACCUCUAUAAUGAUGGCGUCUCGAUAAUCAAAAACGAAAGAGUGUACCAGUGUCCUACAGUGAACCUGCAUUGUAUACAUCUCUUGUGCUACAUGGACGAUCUACUGCAUGAACUAAGUGCAGGUGACGAUUUAAACAAGAUUAAAGGUGGUGGAAUCUUAUACACGCGUCACUUCUGUUUGGACUCGAAAUCUCUCCGACUUUACUACACUGGGUCAGAGAAAAGAUUCCGGAAGAAAAACACAUCGUGGCCACUAUCGUCAAUUGAAGAAGUAAGAGAGGGAGAAAAAGAUUAUGCCAAGCGACUGGAUCAUCAUGACAGAUGCAAGGCGUUCUGUGUGGUGUUUGGCUCCAACCAUGAGGUUUUGUACCUGUUGGCUCACAGCUAUGAGAUACGAGACAAGUGGGUCAGAGGCCUGCGAUAUGCCCUGCAGCUGAACACAUUCCUUAAACAGAGCGAGUCAGACACCAUAUGGAUCUGUGAGGCUUUUGACAGAGCUGACAAAAAUUCCGACAACAGUCUUGAUUUUGAAGAGGUUAUGAAACUGCUGAAAAGUCUCAACGCCGACAUGGACAGCUCAUAUGUAAAGGAAAUGUUCAAUGCGGCAGAUACUCGUAAAAUCAAGGGAGAGAAAGCAAGCCUUGACCGUGAUGAGUUUGUGCAGUUCUACAAGCGUCUGACAGAAAGGCCAGAAAUUGAGGAGCUUUAUAUGAUUUAUGCAAAGGAUGUUGGGUACAUGACUGCAUCUGACCUGCAAAUGUUUUUAACACAGGAACAGAAGGAGAAGGACAUCGGCCUUGACCGCUGCAAGGAGAUCAUGGUCGUGUAUGAGCCCCACAAGGAGAUGAAACACAACAAUCGGCUCAGCCUUAUUGGUUUCCGCAGUUUCCUGGUAUCUCAGCAGCAGCACUUGUUCAACCGCUUACACAGGCGUGUGUACCAGGAUAUGACGCAGCCCAUGACCAACUACUUCAUCAACUCAUCUCACAACACGUAUCUGGCAGAAGACCAGUUAAAGGGACCCAGUCGUGUAGAGUGCUAUAUCUCCGCUCUAAAACAGGGAUGCCGUUGUGUAGAAUUGGACUGCUGGGAUGGAAAUGAUGGUGAACCAGUCAUAUACCAUGGCUAUACCUUCACAUCUAAAAUCCUGUUUAUUGAUGUCAUCAAUGCCAUCAAAGACUAUGCAUUUGUCACCUCACCAUAUCCAGUGACCCUGUCAAUUGAAAAUCAUUGUUCCAUAGAGCAGCAAACAAAAAUGGCUAACUACAUGACACGCAUUUUUGGAGAUAUGCUGUAUUGUCCACAUAACAUGCCUGAUGUUACACCAUCCCCUCACGAGCUGAAGAACAAAAUCCUUGUAAAGGGCAAGAAAUUUAAGGCACAGACAAGCGGUGACGAUGAGGAUGAGGUCACUGACGAAGAUGAAAGUGCAGAGGCUAACCAGGACCAGGUGAAGACGAAGCAAGCGGAGGCCAAACUGCAUCUGAGCUCUGAGCUCUCCAACACUGUGACCAUGAAGAGCGUGGCAUUCAAGGGGCUACAGGACAUUCCAACUGGAAAUGGGAAUUUCAAUGUUGUCUCAUUGGUGGAAAAGAAGAUUCAGAAACUCAUCGACUCUGAGAUAGAGAGUGUCUGCAAAUACACGCAGUCUGCGCUGAUACGAACGUACCCUGCUGGAACACGGACUGACUCCAGUAACUACAACCCGGUAGCCAUGUGGAGCGGGGGAUGUCAAGUUGUUGCCUUGAACUUCCAGACAGGCGGAGAGGAAAUGCAAUUGCUACAUGGGAAAUUCCUUGACAAUGGAAACAGCGGAUAUGUUUUAAAACCACAGUGUCUCAUGGGAGAUAAUUUUGAAGCACUUGUUGGAAACAGGCCAUCAUCCACCCGAAAGCGUCUGACUAUCAAAGUGCUGAGUGGAUUUCAGUUGCCGAAACCGAAAGAUUCAAAGAAAGGGGAGGUAAUAGACCCAUUCAUCAAGAUAGAAAUUCAUGGCCUUCAACGAGAUACACAGGACAAGAAGACAUCUGUUGUGAAGAAUAAUGGCUUCAAGCCGAUUUGGAAUGAGACCCUGAUGUUUGAAGUGGAUGUUCCCGAGCUAGCCCUGGCCCGACUAACAGUAUGGGACAGUGAUCGCUACGUCGAUGAUUUCAUUGGAUACUUUGUGGUACCAGUGAACAGCAUUGUUGAAGGAUACCGCCAUUUUCCACUGUUCGACAAAAACGGGGACCAAUACGAACAGGCUCUUGUGUUUGUUCAUGUCACCAAGGAGGACAUUCCACACAGCAGGCACACUCACUGAUACAACGCGAGACCCGCACCUCUGUCAGCACUUGGACGAAAAAUUCUAGCCAAUCUUGAGAUCACCCCUGUGCUAGAUAUCAAACCACAAAGAUCCUGUGAGAUCACCCCUGUGCUAGAUAUCAAACCACAAAGAUCCUGUUCUGUGCUAGAUAUCAAACCACAAAGAUCCUGUUCGAAGACUAAUUAGAUGCACUGUUUGUUGAUUAUUUUAAAAGUAGCUUUGUUUAAAACCUGUUUGUAUUCCAUGCCCAUUUGUAGUCUUAAGUAGACAUUAUUUUAUAAAUGGGUACUUACAAUAUAUGCACAUACAUUAAAUAACAAUAGAUAUAACAAAUGUGUUAUAAAAUAGUUUGAGAUGAUGAAUGUGUUGAGAAAAAAACACUACUUUUUUCAGACUUAACUAUUUGUUCCAAUAGAACUUAACGCUAAUCUUUGAGAAAAAACAAUGUAAUGGAUUUAAAAUAAGAUUUAGGUCUUUUUUCAAUAUUUUGUACAUCUCCCCCAGGGAUUGAAAUCAAUGUCCACCUCUCAGGCUUACUUUUUUGCAGUCGGUGGGUGAUUCUAAAAAGCUGGUUGUCCACUUCAACAAAUAGCUUUUAAGAAAGUCUUAUAUACCCUCUACCAAAUCUAGAAAGUUUGGAUACCACUCAGGCAACCAAGCAAAAAUGUAAAUUUCCAUCCCUGUGUCAAAUUUUCAUAGAAAAAAAGAUAAAUGAAUUAUAUUCAAAUAUAAUUGAAUACUUAAUAAGUACUGAGUUGGUUUUGGAAUUGAUGUUUUCAAUACAAAAUUGGGUAAUAUAAAUGCAAUAUGCACAAACAUGUACAUAGGUGGUUUCAAAAAGGUAUUUUUACCAGUCAACAUAAUUUAUUAUGAUUAUAUUAAAUUGAAAGUAUAUUAAUCAAAGACAUGAUGUAUUUAUCAACUUUAAAAAGUGUAAAAAUGUUUUUGAAGCAGCAUUAAUGUGAUAUUAUUGUAAUAAAUAUUUGUUGUUAUAAUUAUAAAUAUUUUGUAUAUCUUUACGUUUUUGGAGCAAUAAGAAUUCAAAUAAUAUUCUAUGUUAAUCAAGAAAAUUUGUGUACAAUGCUUAGUGUAUCUGUAAUUGAAAGAGGUAUUUAACUUUGCUCUUGUCUGUCUGUCCGUACAUACGUAUGUAUGUUCAUCCCAAAGCUUUUAUUUACUCCUUUUUAACUGCUGGUUUGAUAACACUCACGCAGACUUUGACAGGAUUAUAGCCCUUUGUCUGUUGUUUUUUUCAAAAAAUUUCAAAAACUCUUUAAUUGCUUGUUAAAUCUUCCUAAUUCCUUGAUCGUAAAGAAAAAAUUUUGACUGCAACUUGGUUUUUGCUGAAUUAUGGCCCUUCGUAAAUUUUACACUGUAUAAUUCAUAGUGGAUUUGUCAGUGUCCAAACAUGUGUUGUCGGGGCAUUAGUGUCUGUGACACAUUUCUAGUUUUUAAUCAAGAACUAUUUAUCUUGCAUGCCCAAUCAGGGUGCGGGUCUUAAUUCGUGAAAUUUAUACUGCUGAAUGAGAGGUCUUCACUGUUGAUUUCAUCUCAAAGAAAUACAUGUUAUUUUUCUUAUGUGUAGGCAUAUAUGUUUUUAGAAAUAGUUUAAGUCAAAAUAUUUAUAUUUGUUUUUAUGCUAAUAUUAACGCAAAUGCGAAAUUGGGAUGACUUUGUGUAUAAAAUAAAAUCAGCAAUCAUUGUUUGUUAUUUUAAUGUUUUACCGUCUUGUAGCAUCAUAAAAUGUGUCAUUUCUAUUUGUGUAUGUAGGGAGGUUUUGUAUUGUUUUUACUCAAUUUUUAUCAGAACAAUAGUUUUGUGGUGGCUCAGUAAUUGUUGUCCUUCAGUGUCCAAGAUAUUAAAAGCUGCAUCAGAAAAUAUACUUAAAAUGUAUAUCAUCUGUUUGAUCAUUUACUUACCAGUUAUACAAAGAAAUAUGUGGUGGAAGAAUUUGUUGGGGAAAUUAAGGGAAUUUAAAAAAUUUACGAACAAAUAGGAACAAUUUAGGGACUUAGAGAUCAAGACACCUCUGAAAAAAAAUCAAAAUUAAAUUUGGGAAUAAUUGUUAAAUAUUUCUGUAUAACGUAUUAAUAAUUGUGUAAAAUAAGAAUUUAAUUACUGUAAACAUGGUUUAAAUGUAUGAUGAUGGUUAUAAAUGUACUAGUACAUUUAUCAGGAAGACAAUAGAACAUGUAUCGGGGACAUAUAUACAUAUUCAGGGUCAAAACUUGGGGAUUUUACUACAGAACUUCAAUGACCAAACUGUUUUUAAUACCAUGUUUCAUUAUUGUAUAAGCAACAACUGCUGAUUACUGGAAUAUUUGUAUCAUGUUGUUUUCGAUGAACACGACAGAUCUGUGUUGUAACAUAACUUUAAUGAUCUCUUUUUUUGUUAUGCAUGUUUUUAUAUCAAAUAUGGAUUGAUGGUUAUAUUAGUUUUAAACUAUUUGUUAUACUCAAUCAAACAGUAAUAAGUACACAGUGUUUAUAAUAAAUUCAAAUGUUGAUUGUCAAACUGGAUUCCAGUCCAUUUAUUUAAACUCAUUGAAAAAUGCCACAUUCAUAUUACUUUUUCAAAUAUUUUUAAGAUUGAUAACAUAUUGAACCCUUUUUAUGUAAAUUUGCUUGUGUAAAUAUUCACAUAUUUGAAUUACCUGUAUAUUCAUUUAUUUUUUAUCACUGUGUUUUUAAAAAUAUAUAUAUAUAUUUGCCACAUUGUUGAAUUAUACUAGGUUUUUAUGAUUGUCACUAACGCAUACGUUAGUAACUUGAUUAAAAUGUGAAAUAAAUUAUUCAAGUCA